CUGCUGGGCCCGGCUUUCAAAAGACCACUUUGACUCUAGAAGGCGGUUUCUGGGGUCACAGCCCCCUAGGGGGGGCCUGUCUGCGGGGCAGUUCUGGCCCGCUGAGCUAGUCCAGACGCAGUCUCGAAGGGAUGAGCUGGGGCCUGGGCCGAGCUUCGCUCAGGCAGCGUUUAAGGCAGCCCCAACAGGGUCCUCUUGGGGCCUUCCUCCCUUUGAACGGCGGGCGGGCGCACCGUCUCCCGCACUCCUCGGAGUAGGGGCCGCCAUCUCCAUGGCCACGGCUCCGUGUGGGCCCUGCGCCGGCAGGUCGCGGGACAUACUGUGGAGCGUUUUGGGCUGGAGGAUAGUGGCAAGUAUUGUUUGGUCAGUGGUGCUUCUACCCAUCUGUACCACAGUAUUUAUAAUUUUCAGCAGCAUUGAUUUAUUUCAUCCUAUACAGUGGCUGUCAGAUUCUUUCAAUGAUCUGUGCAGCUCCUAUGUGGUCUUUUACCUCCUACUGCUGUCAGUGGUAACAAUAAUAAUAAGUGUUGUCAAUGUGGAGUUCUAUACAGUUGUGCCUUGCAUUCCCUGCUCCCGACUAGCACUGAUAGGGAAGAUCAUUCAUCCUCAGCAACUCAUGCACUCGUUCAUUCAUGCCGCCCUGGGAAUGGUGAUUGCUUGGUGUGCCGCAGUGAUAACCAAGGGCCAGUACGGUUUUCUUGUGGUUCCCUGCACUGGUACUGAGAGCGUAGAUAGCCCUGCUGCACAAAACUGCUUAAAUGAAUAUCAUCUUUUUUUCCUACUGGCUGGAGCAUUUAUGGGCUAUAGCUAUAGCCUCCUGUAUUUUGUUAAUAACAUGAACUACCUUCCAUUUCCCAUCAUACAGCAAUACAAGUUCUUGCGCUUUAGGAGAUCUCUGCCCUUACUAGUUAAACAUAGUUGUGUGGAAUCACUGUUCCUGAUUAGAAAUUUCUGCAUUGUGUAUUAUUUUCUUGGCUAUAUUCCCAAAGCUUGGAUUAGCACUGCUAUGAACCUUCGCUUAGAUGGGCAGUUGUACAGGCCUCUUGACACCGUGAGUGGCCUUUUGAAUCUCUCGUUACUCUACCACGUCUGGCUGUGUGGCGUCUUCCUCCUGAUGACUUGGUACGUCUCAUGGCUCCUCUUCAAAAUCUUUGCCACAGAGGCUCAUGUAUUUCCUGUACAACCACCAUUUGCAGAAGAGUCAGAUGAGUGCCUUCCUAAAGUUUUAAAUAGCAAUCCUCCCCUCAUCAUAAAGUAUUUAGCCUUGCAGGACCUGAUGUUGCUUUCUCAAUAUUCUCCUUCACGAAGACAAGAAGUUUUUAGCCUUAGCCAACCAGGUGGACAUCCUCACAAUUGGACAGCCAUUUCAAGAGAAUGUUUGAAUCUUUUAAAUGAUAUGACUCAGAAACUAGUUCUCCACCAAGAAGCUGCUGCUACGAAUGGGAGAAUGUCUUCAUCUUGCCCAGUAGAACCUAAGAAAUUAACUUGUCCAGAAGACACUAUUCAAACACUAAAAUCCAGCCAAAUGCUUCGGCCUUCAGUGCCAUCGUUAGUUAAAACAUCAGUCUUUUCUUCAAAAUUAUCCACACCUGAUGUUGCCAGUCCGCUUGGAACCCCAUUUGGCUCUAGUGUGGUGAAUCGAAUGGCUGGAAUUUUUGAUGUAAACACCUAUUAUGGGUCGCCGCAAAGUCCUCAGCUAAUAAGAAGGGGGCCAAGAUUGUGGACAUCUGCUUCUGGUCAGCAAAUGACUGAAUUUUCUAAUCCUUUUCCAUCUAUCUCUGUUAGUGCUGAGGGUAAGCGAGUGAGACAGCCCAGUGUGGUUUAUUCAUGGAUUCAGAAUAAACGUGAGCAGAUUAAGAAUUUCUUGUCAAAACGGGUGCUGAUCAUGUAUUUUUUCAGUAAGCACCCGGAGGCCUCCAUUCAGGCUGUUUUUUCAGAUGCCCAAAUGCACAUUUGGGCAUUAGAAGGUCUGUCUCACUUAGUAGCAGCAUCAUUUACAGAAGACAGAUUUGGAGUUGUCCAGACUACACUACCAGCUAUCCUUAAUACUUUAUUGACACUGCAAGAGGCAGUGGACAAGUACUUCAAACUUCCUCAUGCUUCUAGUAAACCACCCCGGAUUUCAGGAAGCCUUGUGGAUACUUCUUAUAAAACAUUAAGAUUUGCAUUUAGAGCAUCACUGAAAACUGCCAUCUAUCGAAUAACUACUACAUUUGGUGAACAUCUAAAUGCUGUACAAGCAUCUGCAGAACAUCAGAAAAGACUUCAACAGUUCUUGGAGUUCAAAGAAUAGUUAAGUAAUAUAAACUGUGUUCAUUACACUGCUGAUACAAUUACAGAUGGGACAGUAAAUGUUCAGCAUUCUUGGAUCAGAAGAAAAUGGACUAAUUAGAUGCUUCCUUUGUCGUGGUGGUUGCUUUGAAAACUAUACUUUAAUGGGAGAAAUCAUGGAAAGAAAUUCUCAACAGAAUAACCAAAAACUGCCUUUUCUGUACCAAAUGCUUUUUUUGUGUGUGUGGUAUAAUAAAAUCUUUAUUCAAUUUUA